AUCCCGCGGCAGCCCCACGGUAACCAAAUGAGCGAAAUAGCUUCUACUCUGUGACGAAAUAGUUCAUGCCUCAUGGACCUCGAAGUUGGUCGUGUGCACCAUCAAAACUGCGAGACUGGUUUGCUUUUGUCGAAUUAAAGCAACUAUAAUGUCGUCGGGUAAAAAGACCAAGAAGAGUAAGGGGAAAACCCUAGCCCUGACAGAUUUUCUGGCCGACACACCUGGCGGUAUACCAACUGCUCCGCUCAAAACCUCCAACUGGGCUGACGAUGUCGAAGAUGAACAUGAAGGGUUUUCAUCGAACCGUAGCAAAGAGCCGGUGUAUCUUCCGACGGCACCCAGAGCUGCGCGAGGUACAGGAGUCAAUGAAGAGAAUAUCCCCACAAAUCCUCCUUACGUAGCAUAUAUAUCCAAUCUGCCGUAUGAUAUAGAUGAAGAAGACCUGGCAGAGUUUUUUGCUGAUAUGAAGGUGUCUAACAUGCGCCUUCCGAAAGAUUCUAAUAAGAUGAGGGGAUACGGUUAUGUCGAAUUUGAGGACCGGCAAAGUUUAAUUGAUGCACUUUCAAUUGCAAACACUACUAUCAAAACUCGACGUGUUAGAAUUGAAGUUUCUAACAGCAGUAGUGAUGACAGACGUGGGGGUGGUCGAAUGGGGCGAGAUAAUCGUAGAGAUACCUAUGAUGAUCCUGAGCGAACCGCAGGGGAUUGGCGAAGUGGGCCGCGAGAUGAUUCUGCUCCUGGCGAGUCAGAUCGUUACCGUAGUCGCGGUGGAUUUGAUAAUAAGGAUAGAAGAGACGACCGUGAAGGUUCUGAUGACAAUAAGCCUGGUGGUUGGCGUGAAGGUGGCGACAGAGGAGGUGAUAGAGGUGGGGCAUUUAGGGAUAGAGGUGGAUUCCGUGAUGAGGGAGACAGAGAGAGAGAUCGUCCACGGUACGGCGGUGACAGGGAUAACAGAGACAGGGAUGGAGAUAGGGACCGUGAUCGUGGAAGUAGUUUUGGUCCCCGUCGCACGUACGGAGAUUCUGACUGGGGAAGAGACGGAUCGUCUCGUCGGGAGGAACCAAGAUCGGAAUUGAAAACAAGACCGAAGCUACAGUUACAGCCACGCACAAAACCUGUAGAGCCAAUUAUUAUACAAGACGAACCUGUUGCUGAAGAAUCUGUUGCCGAAGAGCCAGUUGUGGCACCUCCUGCACCUGUUCCAGCAGUAAACAUCUUUGGAGCAGCUAAACCCGUUGAUACAGCUGCUAAAGAGAGAGAGAUUGAGGAACGCCUUGCGCGUUCUAAUGCUGAAGCUAAACCGAAGGAAGAAGGAGAGCAGGAUAAGCGCCCUGCCAAGGAUGGUGUGUGGGGUCGACGCAAUGGUGAAGGGCGUGAAGAGAAGGAUAAGGAACGGCAAGGCUGGCGUUCUGAACAAGAUCGAGGAAGGCAGAUCGAACGGUCUGGGCCUCGCAGUCAAGCAGCUUCUGCACGCUCAGGGCAAAGAGGAGAUUCUAGAGGGCCACUACCUUCCCGAGGUGGACCAGUUCGUGGACCGCCGAAAUCUAUUGAAACUCGUUCAUUUCCUGAUAGAGAAACAGUAACACGAAUCAAUCAUUUUCAGAGAGAGGAGAGAAAAGGAUAGAGAUGAGGACAUGAACAGGAUGCCCAAAGCUAAAGAGGAGCAAAUUCCGAACUUUGCAGCUUCCAAUAAGUAUUCCAUACUCCCUGAUGACGUGGAUCAAGACAUUAUCGACGAUUAAUUUUGACCUCAAUAAUUUAUACUCUUGCAAUUGAAUUGUGCCACAUGUAUCAUGAUUGGUAUACAUAAUGCAUAUUAUUGAAUAAUUUGUUUUACCUCUCUAUUAUAAUGAAAAAAAAUAUCUUGCUGAUGAUUUGAGAGUUUGCCCACACAUAAUUGUCCAUUGCAUUCAUGUUGCUGGCUGAAUAUUGUUGAUUUGUAUUUAAUCUAUUUUAUUACUCCAUAAUAAUAUAAUUACUGCCUUCACAAAUAUUUACUUAAUAUGUCGAUCUUUGAUAUUUGAUUUAAAUAAUUUAAGGCAACACUUUAACGUCUCUUAUAAUGAACGAUGAUCCUAUCGUUCACCAAAGUAUGAAAUUUAAGCGCAGUUUACAGCAUUUAGAAAAAUCGGGACAUUCAUUUUUUUACUUAAGAUAUUUUACCUGAUGUACAGUUGCUUCGAGGAUAUUGUAUAAUAUGUGACGUGUACAUGUAAUAUAAUAAUGUCGAUGCAAAAAGGACAAACAAUUGAAAUGAUGAAUACAUAAACUUAAAAAACUUA